GGGCAGCGGCUGGGGCUGCGGUUGGAUCGGCUGGCGGUGGUGGGGCGGCUGCUGGAGGGGGCGAGGAGCUGGGGGGCGGCGGCAGAGCGGCUGCUAGCGGACAUCGACGCCGGCGAGAUGCCCCCCACCUCCGAGCUGGAAACCGCGCUGGCGGAGGCGGCUGCACUGGGCUUCGCGGCGCGCUGUCUGCCGGCUCGUCCGGUGGGGCGACUGCGGCAGCUGCUGCACGCGGCGGACGACUGGCGGCGGCGAGUGGCGGCGGUGCUGGCGGCGGCGCCGGGGUGCGGCGCGGCGGCGGAGGCGGAGGCGGCGGAGCUGCUUGGGUCGGGUCUGUCGCUGGGUUUGCAGCUGCCUGAGGCGGGGCGGCUGCGGCUGUGGCUGGAGGCGGUGCGGUGGAACAACCUGGUUCGCUCCACGUUCGCACGGGUGUUUGCGCCGCUGGAGGCCGCAGCAGCGGAGGCAGCUGCAGCGGCAGCGGAGGCGGCAGCGGCGGAGGGCGCGGAGGCGGAGGCGGCGGCAGCGCUGGCAAUGGUGGCUGCUGCGGCGGCGGCGGAGGCGGGACCUGCCGGUUCCUACGAAAAGGUGGAGCAGCAGCAGCAGCCGGACGCUGCCGACCAGGAAGGCAC